AUGCUUCAAAGCGUUCGGACCGGGGGGAAAGACGGCGGAGUGGACGGGGACGGUCCUCAAGUAACGAUAAGUAGACGGAGAACGUUAGCGGAGAUGGAGCGAUUAGACGUAAACGGCAGGAAUCGCAGACCAGGGGCACUGAAUACUAUUCCCUCCCCCUCAUCUAGCAAUCCGAGUCAGUCCAUGCGGUCACCCUCGCACCACAAGCAGCCGCCGUAUCAAGCCGCCCAAUUAUCCCCCGUUGCGGCUCGGCGGAAUUUGAUCCCGCAGCAGAAUACCGCGCCGCAGCGUGCCGCGCCGAGUCCCCGCGGCCGGAAGCCGCCAAUCUCUCCGCCGUCGCCAAAGCCGCCGGCGCUUUCGGCGGGUUCCGCCGCCGUGGACGUAUCCGUGGAACCUUCCGCGCACAACGCCCCGCGGAGAUUCAGCUCUUGCCCCGUGCGGUCGGAGGCGCAACGUCUGCCGCAAUCCCCGACGUCAGACGUGACGGCCUCCGCUCCCGCCGCCGCCGCUAUUUCGUCGUUCCCGCUCGUCGGGAUGUGGGCCAAGCAGUCAAAAAAACCAGCGGCGGUUGCGGAGGGCGGAAGCGGGAUUUCCGCUCCUCCACCGGCCGGUGGUUCCGCGCGACGGGAAGACCGCGCGGGGAAUGAGUUAUUGCGCCCAUCCGCUAGCGGCAAUGCUGGAAGCGGUUCCCGCAGCGGAAGAAACAUCAGCGCAACUUCCGGCCGAUGCAGCCCCCGAGUCGGGGAUUCGUGUGCGAUUUCUGAGGAGACGACCGACGGAAAGCGUCGGGAUGCCGCGAAUGGCGCCGUGACUGACGGCUCGAGUGACGGCGGUGAUUCUGACGACGAGUUCGUGGAUCUCUAUUGGACGGCAUUGGAACACCGCAAGGCGGCAAACGCGGCGCUUUCCACGGCGCUGAAUCGGCUCGGGGUGGGUGCAGGGGGAGCGAAAGCGGAAGCGUGUUUUGCGGGGGGAAGCGCGCGCAACUGCGGUCGCGGAAACGAUGCGGAAGGGCUCGGCGGAAGGCGGAGGCGGAGCAGCAGCUGGGGGAACCUCGCGGAUUCGCAUCAUCCGCUGCAAGGGGGGCAGGGGGACGGAAGCGGGCGGUUCGCGCGGCGACAGGCGGGACAGGGUCACAGGCGGAGGCACAGCAUCACGUGCAUCGACACGGAGCUGAAGGAAUUCCUUGACCUGGUUGACCAGGAGGAUGACGUGGACGAGUUCAUCUCCACCAGAGUCAUCCACCUCCCCGCACCGCUUUCCACUGCUACGGACCCUCUUGUGCCGGCACCAUACAGCACAAGAGCAGCAGCAACAGAAGGCAUUGCAGGGAACGGAAAAACACCUGCUGGCUCCAAUUUGUCCUCCCCCUCCUCCGUUGUCUCCACUGCUCUCACGCCGCUAGCCCCUGACGACCUCCCUCUUGGGUACUCCGCCUCUUCUCCCACUCCCCUCUCUCCAGCCUCACUAAUCUCCCCAUCAGCCAGCCCCUUAUCCUCGCCCUCUGCAACUGCUGCUGCUGUGGCUGGAUUUCCACGGCACGUGCUGGCAUCUGGUAGUGCCAGCAACACACCUAAGGGAGGAGCCGUGGCGGCUCGCGCAGCUGCAGGGGGUGCGAGAAGAGGAGGGUGUGCUGGGGGUGACUCGAGCAGGGCCAGCGCCUGUGUCAACUGGCAAGAUUUAUCUUCCACUCCCUGGUCGUUUCAACACGCGGCAAGCAUCAUAGUUCGUGACCGAUGGAGGUCCACUCGCAAAAUCAAGACGCUGACGCGGAUCCCUGUAAACAGCAACUUAUGUUCGAGUUUGCUUUAUUGGAUGGCCUUGAAGUUUAUCCUGCUCAUCUCCUCCUAG